CACUUUAUCGACGGCGGCACGUGCAGCAUCAGCUGGGUUUGUUUGUGCGCUUGUAUGACAUUGAUUUGGUUUCUCAAGUAUGAUUGUUAGGAAAGCGUCGAGUAGAAAAAGCACUGUGCGCAACGUGACGCCACUGAGAGCUGCCCUGUCCUACAAUUUUCAAAGACACGGGGCUAAACGCAGUCGAAGCGCUCACCGAGGUCGCCAGCUUUCUAAGUUAAAACCGAUUGGACUCAACAAAAACAGUUUUAGAGUCGUAAAGGCCGGUGGAAGAUGUCUGAAUGGCCAGUCGUUGGUUUCCGGGAGCAGGAGAGCUCAUGCUGAGGCCACUGCCUCCGAGGACUUCAGCCAGGACUCCUCAAGUAUAACGAUGCCCUCUGGUGUUUCCAGCUUCUUGCUGGAGUGUUUAGAUGUUGAUUCUCCAGCUUCAAACACGGACACGACGCUCUCAUCCAUCGAGGAGUUUCGCAGAGCUGACAAUUAUGACGAGGUGUUACUGGGUGAAGAUGGGAUGAUGAACACGGUGAAGAACUCAACUCUUCUAGAUCACAGUCAUGCGCAGGAUCUAGCGCUGCAGCAGCCACCAAACCUCUCCUCCAUUCUUGAGCUAUCGAUAAACCCUGCUGAAGAGAAAUCGUUUUCUUUGUCACCCAUAUGCCUCUCUCCUUUACCAGUGCCCUCUGAAGCAACAGAUAUUGCAUCAGGAUGUGUGUUAGAAUCAGCUAACGAGAGAACGCCUGUGAAUACUAGGGUUGUAGCUCUUCCCCCUGUUGUGAAAAAGUGUUUUACAGAAAAGGAACAACCAGUGAAAUGCAGAAAAGUGACGUUCAGCGAUAUAGUGAGCAUUCGAAACGUUUCAAGCCAUAAAUGUGGUAAGACAGACCAGCAGGAUUGUGGAGGAAAGCUGGUUAAAGCGAGCGGAAGAGUGUCAGCGAGAUCCAGAGAUGUUUCCUCAAGACCUGGGAAGUUUUUUGACUUUUCAAAUGAGCGUGAGAGAGAAACCUUUUUCCAGAGACUCAAACAAACACACGUGUUUAAGUUUCCAGCCAAACCGAUCAUCUCAAUCUGAGAGGACUUCAGUUGAAACGAGCUGAACAAUAUCCCUUCUCUUGCUUUUUCAUAUCUGACCAGCAGAGGACACUCAACACUUCUUCAACGUGCUUGCUUUACAGUUCUACAAAUAUCUGAAUUGAAUUCAAUGGCUAUGGAGUGUUUUUAAGAGCACGUGAGACUCCUUAAACAAGAGCUAAUUAAUAUACAAUAAUAUUGGAACAUACCUAUGUAAAAUGAAGUUAAAAUUGAUUAUGUACUUAAUGGAUGAUCUUAGCGCGGAAUCAUCAAAAUGAGAAAACAAUGCCUUGUGCUCGGGGAACAGGUUUUUACAUGCGUUAGAGAACCUUACACAUCAAAAUGAUAUUCGAUGUUUGUAUAAAAAAAUGAAUAAAUAUUAAAAACACGAAUGCAGAACUUCCUUA